AUCCUGAAGCGGAAAGAGUGAAAAGAGAGGGGAAGAAAAGAAAGAGAGGAGGAAAGACAAGGGACCGGGCUUUGAGAGAGGAAAACACAACGGAGAAAGACGACUGAGAAAGACAAUAUUGACGUCUUAAAAAGUGCCAGACGUAGAGAAAGAGAGAGAUAAAUAUAUAUAUGUAUAUAUAUAUAUAGAGAGAGAGACAGAAUAGGAGUAUCCUGGCAGCUAUCCAGGCCUCAGCCCAAAGCCAGGUCCUGCUGUCGCUUCUUGUCUGUCCAGAACAUGGUGCUGUUCCCACUCUGCAAACUGCUCUCAGGGUCAGUCAGAGUGACCAAGAAGCAGCUGGUCCUGUACUGUCUGCUCCUAUCUCUGCUCGUAUACUUUUUAAGAUGGAGGAGAGCAGUGCUCAAGGUGGACACGCACCCUCUUCCUCUUUCCCUGGAGGCGGAAUCAGGAAGUGUGGUCAGAGACAUAGUGGUGGGCAGUGUGGAGGAACAGCAACAGCGCCUCCCGCUGGAGACAUCCUGGGGCGCUCCUCUGGUGUGGGGCGACUCUGACAGCUCAGCGUGGCGGAGGGCCGAGUUUGCCCACCGCAGCGUCCGCACAGGCCUGCUGACGCUCGCCGUGGGGCCCUACGGCCACUUUCUACGCCGCUUCCUCUCCUCGGCCGAGCUCUACUUCCUGCCCGGUAACACCGUGGUCUACUACGUCCUUACGGACAGCCCUCGCGCCCUGGAUCCCCCGACCCCGCUGGGCCCUGGCAGAGAGCUGAGGGUGGUCCCUGUGGCAGAGAUGCACGGCUGGGAGCGUCUGGCCCAGGGCCGCAUGGCCCUGCUGGCGGCUGCCAUUAAAGAGCCGGUUAGGCACGAGGUGGAGUAUGUCUUCUGCAUGGACGUGGACCAGGAGCUGGUGGCCCCGGUGGGAACUGAGAUCCUGGGGGAGCUGGUGGCCGCGCUGCACCCGGAGCUCUACGGCAUGCCCCGCCACACCUUCCCGUACGAGCACGAGCCCGCCUCGCUGGCCCACGUGGAGGAGGACGAGGGCGACUACUACUACACGUCGGAGCUGUACGGGGGUCUGUGCGCUGAUGUGUACGCCAUGGCCCAGGCCUGCUCCCAGCUCAUCCUCCAGGACCAAGAAAAGGGUCUGAGGGCUCGUGGACUGGAGGAGAGCUACCUCAACCGCUACCUGAUCAACCGCAGGCCCACCUGUGUCCUCUCGCCCGAGUACAGCUGGUGGGACUCAGCCCUGGCCGCCGACGUGCCCACAAGAAGGGUGGUGUCCCUGGGGAGGCAGUGUGACUCCCUGGAGCCACAAAAGAGACAGGAGCAGGACUGCUGAGAGGGUUAUUUCUUUGCUUUGUCAUAGAAUUAGAACGACCAUAAAAUGUAGACAAAUUCAAAAAGCAAUUUUAAGGCAAACACAAGGAUCCCUUGGAAUCUGUUGAUGUGUCAGUAAAUAAACUAAUGGCAGCAGACCCAUUGGAGUGAAUACUGUGUGUGCGUGCGUGCGUGCGUGCGUGCAUGCGUGCGUGUGUUUGCAAUCUCUUCUGCACCAGACAAAAAAAAUGAAUGAACCUGUCUCUUUAGACACAGGCCUAUACCAUUAAUGUCAGCUUGGAGAUACGACUCCAAAGGCUUUUGUGGUUUCCAAUAAGAGUCAACAUUAUAAGUGCCCACUUUCACUGCACUGGCCAAUCAUUAACUGGUGGAGCUGCCGUUUCAAGGUCUUUAAAUACACAGCAGUGGGAUGCUGCUUCCCCACAUGCCAUGUUGGCCUUUGUGUUCAGGGCUGUGUGUGUGCAGAACUAGAGGACGCUAGGCAAAGUUUUCCCAUUGUCAAUAUAAUAUUCCCCAACCUCGGCAUAUCAAUAUAGUGACAGGUGCUUCGGAAGAAACAUGAGAAUACUGAAAAUUCCACAAAAAGACCCGCUAUAACUCACCAACUUUUUAAACGCACAAAUGUUUCAAUAUCUUCCUCAGGUGAAGAGAAGCUUAGCGAUAUCCAUCUCAUAAGACACUCAUUCUUAGUUUUAUGUAUUUAAUAAAAUUGUACUUUUUUAGGUUCUUUAACAUGUUCUGGCAUUACGCUCUCUCUCUGUUUCUCUCUCGCGCUCUCUCUCCUCCCAUUCUUGCAUGCUACUACUCUUCAAUGGGAAGGCUAACACAGGCAGAUGGCUUUUACCCACUGCCAAAAGUGGCUGUCUCCAUGGCCAAAUCGCCACGUGUAGUCAUUCUUCAGUUUUUACUGUCUCACAGUCCCAGUGAACUCUUAACAGUCUUGGUCACGCUUCCACAGUAACACUUCCUUUUGAUAGAACACAUAUGUAGAGGUUCAAACUAUCCAAAAUAUCCACAAACAAGUUUUUGGAUAUUUAUGUCAUUUGCAUAGCUGUUAGCUGAAAGGGCAACUUCGCCACUUUUCAACCUCAUAUUCAUUAUCUCCAGCACCAAACCAGUGUCUACAUAUGUGAAAACUUUGCAUUUCUACAUUUUGUAGAAACAUAAUAUAAAUGUUAAAAAGUUCUACCCAGUGACAUCAUCAAAAGUUUUUUUCUAAAUGUACACCUGAUCUUCAAACACUAUGAGAUUGUGAUGUGGGCAGCAAGAAGAUACGCUCUCUCUGGCUAGAAAAUUGUUCCAGGUUUGGAAAAUCACUGUUUUUCUUACUUUUAAUCCUACCAUGUGAAGUCACAGAGAAGCAUUUUUUUAGGCCCUUUCUUCUAAUAUUUUUGACAACAGAUCAUAGAAACGCACUGUUUUCACAUGUACAGUGCCUUGCAAAAGUAUUCGGCCCCCUUGAACUUUGCGACCUUUUGCCACAUUUCAGGCUUCAAACAUAAAGAUAUAAAACUGUGUUUUUUUGUGAAGAAUCAACAACAAGUGGGACACAAUCAUGAAGUGGAACGACAUUUAUUGGAUAUUUCAAACUUUUUUAACAAAUCAAAAACGGAAAAAUUGGGCGUGCAAAAUUAUUCAGCCCCCUUAAGUUAAUACUUUGUAGCGCCACCUUUUGCUGCGAUUACAGCUGUAAGUCGCUUGGGGUAUGUCUCUAUCAGUUUUGCACAUCGAGAGACUGAAUUUUUUUCCCAUUCCUCCUUGCAAAACAAGAUGGAGAGCAUUUGUGAACAGCAGUUUUCAGUUCUUUCCACAGAUUCUCGAUUGGAUUCAGGUCUGGACUUUGACUUGGCCAUUCUAACACCUGGAUAUGUUUAUUUUUGAACCAUUCCAUUGUAGAUUUUGCUUUAUGUUUUGGAUCAUUGUCUUGUUGGAAGACAAAUCUCCGUCCCAGUCUCAGGUCUUUUGCAGACUCCAUCAGGUUUUCUUCCAGAAUGAUCCUGUAUUUGGCUCCAUCCAUCUUCCCAUCAAUUUUAACCAUCUUCCCUGUCCCUGCUGAAGAAAAGCAGGCCCAAACCAUGAUGCUGCCACCACCAUGUUUGACAGUGGGGAUGGUGUGUUCAGGGUGCUGGAUGGUGUGUGCUUUGGUGCUGGAGAUAAUGAAUAUGAGGUUGAAAAGUGGCAGAGUUGCCCUUUAAUUGUCACAACUAUGCAUCCUCAUCUUUAGUGCAAGUUAACAGAAAAGCAAGCUCAAACUUCAAAUAAACCACUAUGUUUCAUCUUUAUACACCGAUAUUAACUUUAAACAUAAAAGGAAUAAGUGAUUUUCUCAUGCUACUUGAAGAAUGCUAACAGAGUUCCUACCUCUUCUUUUGAACUCAAUCAUUUUAAGCUGUUGCUUAGUAAACAAACCCCCAAAUGUAGGAUCACUGACUCUCUGGGUCCAUAGCAGACUUUCAUGUGUUUCAAUAAGAGUUCAACAUUAUUAUUAUUUUUUACCUUUAUUUAACUAGGCAAGUAAGUUAAGAACAAAUUCAUAUUUACAAUGACUGCCUAGGAAAAGUGGGUCAACUAACUAACUGGUGAUGCCUUGUCGCAAUUGGUUAUUCCCUAUCAUUUCCUACAAUGUCAAUGAGCAUCAUCACAAUUUUUCAUUUGCGGUACCUCAAAAUGUUGUGAUUACCAGCUGAGAUAAACUUUUACGAGUUUGUCUGGGCAGUGUCUUAAACCUUUUACUGCAGUGGGCUAAAGCAGGGUCACACAGAGUGUUUCUUGGUAUUCUUAAACACAUCUACUUUGAAACAAAAGUAUACACACAUGGUUAAAAAAGAAGACACCUGUACCAUGUCAGAUAUAUAUGGUUGAAAUGUAUUCAGUUUUGAGUUUGCAUCCCAGUAUAACAUUUUAGAUAUAGUACCAGUCAAAAGUUUGGACACACCUACUCAUUCAUUUAUUUUUUACUAUCUUCUACAUUGUAGAAUAAUAGUGGAGGUAUCAAAACUAUGAAAUAACACAUGUAGUAACCAAAGAAGUGUUAAACAAAUGAAAAUAUAUUUGACAUUUGAGAUUCUUCAAAGUAGCCCGCCUUUCCCUUGAUGACUGCUUUGCACACUCUUGGCAUUCUCUCAACCAGCUUCAACUGGAAUGCUUUUUGAGGGAGUUCCCACAUAUGCUGAGCACUUGUUGGCUGCUUUUCCUUCACUCCGUUGUCCAACUCAUCCCAAACCAUCUCAAUUGGGUUUCGGUUGGAUUAUGACCUGGCCAAGAGUCUGAACAAUCUGGAGGGCCACAAUUUUAGAAUAAGCCAGAAUUAGUGUUUCACUUAAACUUUUCUGGGGUGCGGCUUAUCAAGUGGAUUUCUUCCAAAUGCUAUUUCUAACUCAAAUGUAGAUUUGUGAUAAAAAUCAAUAUCCUACAAUUGACCUAAAUACUGGGGCAUAACACAUUCAUUAACAGGACCUCUGAGUAUUGGCAAAGGAGAAAGAGCAUCUUUAUCUCUUUGUGUACUGAUUAGAGGCUUUAGGGGCAGUCCAGUGAGCAUGUGCUGUUGAUUAUCACCGAUGAGGGAGCCUGUCCAAAUAGCACGCUGAUUAAUGAUUUACUUUUUUUCUUGUCGUUCAAAAUAGAUUCAGAGGUGGGAGGAGAGUCUGAGUGCCAGACAGGUAGAGCGUGUAUUGCAAAAUGAAUGGAACUUAUAAGAAUUGAGUUCUUGUACAAUAUGCAUAUGGAGAUAGGCCAGAACCUGUGUAUCUCAGGGAUGUACAUUUCUCCGCUGUCAAGAAUCCCUGUGCUGAACCUUACCUACGGGUAUUCACAAUGCAAUGUGAUAUAAGCUUAAUGAAUCCAAAGAAGCCAUUUUGGAAUAAAAAUGGACACUUAAGGCUUUACAGUGCCUUCAGAAAGUAUUCACACCCCUUUCACUUUGUCCACAUUUUGUUUUUAACCUACAUGACAGAGUGAAAAGAAGAACGCCUGUACAGAAUAACAAAUAUUCCAAAACAUGCAUUCUGUUCGCAAUAAGGCACUGAAGUAAAAUUGCAAAAAAUGUGGCUCAGAUAUUAACUUUAUGUCCUGAAUAAAUUUCGUUAUGUUUGGAGCAAAUCCAACACAACACAUCACUGAGUCCCACUAUUCGUAUUUUCAAGCAUGGUGGUGGCUGCAUCAUGUAUGGGUAUGUUUGUCAUCAGCAAGGACCAUAUCGUUUUUUGGGGGAUAAAAAUAAACUAAUAGUGCUAAGCAAGGCCAAAUUCAAGAGGAAAAACCUGGUUCAGUCUGCUUUCCAACAGACACUGGGAGACAAACUGUCACGCCCUGACCUUAGUUUCUCGUUUUUUCUAUAUAUUUUGGUUAGGUCAGGGUGUGACUAGGGUGGGUACUCUAGUUGUUGUAUGUCUAGGGUUUUUGUCAUUUAGGGUUUUUGUAUGACUAUGUUGGCCUGAUAUGGUUCCCAAUCAGAGACAGCUGUUUAUCGUUGUCUCUGAUUGGGGAACAUAUUUAGGUAGACAUUUUUUCAUUGUUACUUGUGGGAUCUUAUCUAUGUUUAGUUGCCUGUCAGCACUAUUUUGUAUAGCUUCACGUUUCGUUUGUUAUAUUUAGUUGGUUUGUUCGGGAUUCAUUUAUUAAAAGAAUAUGUACGCAUACAACGCUGCGCCUUGGUCCGAUCCUUUCAACGGAUGUGACACAAACUCACCUUUGAGCAGGACAACAACCUAAAACACAAGGCCAAAUAUGCACUGGAUUUGUUUACCAAGACGACAUUGAAUAUUCCUGAGUGGCCUAGUUACUGUUUUGACUUAAAUCGGCUUGAAAAUCUAUGGCAAGACUUGAAAAUGGCUGUUUAGCCAUGAUCAACAACCAACUUGACAGAGCUUGAAUAUUUUUUUUAACGAAUAAUGUGCAAAUAUUGUACAAUUCAGGUGUGGAAAGCUCUUACAUGCUGCCAACUCCGCUCGCGUCGCAUUUGCGAGCGUUGCAAAAUAAAGUUACACCUACAUGUUAUUUAAUCAUUGCACCCACACUGCUCGCACGUGCCAACGAGCGUCUGUGUUGCGAGGCGCUAAAAUAGAAGUCAAUUAUAUUUGUGACGCUGAAAGCGGUGCAAAUCCUGCCUCUCCCUUCUCAUUGGUUUAUAGAAGCAGAUAACCAAUGAGGAGCUGGCACAUGGUCGUCGGUCGUGGUAAUAGACCUUAUUAUGCGUGCGGUUUGAGCAUGGUGUUACAGACUUACCCAGAAAGACUCACAGCUGUAAUUGCUGCCAAAGGUGCUUUACAAAGUAUUGACUCAGGGUGUGAAUACUUAUGUAAAUGAGAUAUUAUGUAAAAGAGAUUCAAUCAAAUGGCUACCCUGUCAAGUCCUGACCUUAGUUCCUUUUUUAUGUCUGUUUUAGCUUGGUCAGGGCGUGAGAGUUGGGGUGGGCAUUCAAUGUUUUUGUUCUAUGUUUUGUAUUUCUGCUUUUGGCCUGGUAUGGUUCCCAAUCGGAGGCAGCUGUCAAUCGUUGUCUCUGAUUGAGAACCAUACUUAGGUAGCCUGUGUUCCCACUAUGAUUUGUGGGUAGUUCUGUUUAGUGUAUGUCACCUUACAGAAGGAACUGCUUUGUUUCUUCCAUUCACUUUGUUAUUUUGUUUCGUGUGUUCACUGCUAAUAAAGUAACCUGGACACGUA